AUGUUUGUCAAAGGACUGCAUGAAGCAUAUUUGAUCGAAAUGCCAAAUAUACAAAGAAAAGUUUUACAAAAAAUGGUUUUACAAGUGUUUAGAGGAAAAGGAGCCAUGGAAUCAUUGUCAAAGGGUCAGAUCACAGCAGCACAUCUGCGAAAAAUUUGUAACGCUAUAGCCGCCCUACUUUAUGCUUACAACAAUCGGGCUAAUCUCAAAACUGAGGAGUGCGUCGCAUACGUGAACGAACUACAAGAAUUUUGUGAAAAGUACGGUUUUAUCUGGACGUAA